AUGCAUGAUGUUGUUCGUUAUGUCGCUAUAAUAAUUGGAUCAAAGGAUCGUAAUAUGUUUACCAUGAGAGACAAUGGUGGGCUAAAAGCAUGGCCAGAUGUAGAUUCACUCAAAAGAUGCCAAGCCUUCUCUAUUUUUGGUGGAGAUAUAGAUAAACUUCCCAAUGAAAUGGAAUGUCCCGAAUUAAAACUCUUUCAUGUCUGUUUAGAAGAUUGUUCUUGGCAGAUACCGGACACUUUUUUUCAAGGGAUAGACAAGCUCGAGGUUUUAGAUUUGACGAACAUGCAACUUUCAUCACUUCCUUUGUCUCUUCUUCUCCUUAGAAACCUACACACAUUAUGUCUGGAUGGUUGUGUGUUGGGAGACAUAUCUGGGAUUGGAGAACUCAAGAAUUUAGUAAUUCUUAGUUUUCUUAAUUCUAAGAUUUCAAAAUUGCCAAGAGAAAUAGGGUCAUUGGUUCGUUUGCGGUUGUUAGAUUUGAGCAAUUGUUCCAAACUCGAAAUGAUUCCUCCAAAUGUCAUAUCAAGUUUGGUCAAAUUAGAAGAGUUGUAUAUGGAAAAUAGCUUUGUUCAAUGGGAGUUUGAAGGUGAUCUCAAUGAUGAAAGAAAAAAUGCCAACCUUGCUGAGCUCAAGCAUUUGUCAAAUUUGACGACUUUAGAGAUACAAAUUCCAGAUGCUAACAAUCUACCAAAAGAUUUAGCAUUUGAAAAGUUGGAGAGAUACAAAAUAUACAUAGGACAUGCCUGGGGCAGGACUGAUAGUGCUGAUCAAUCCUCAAGAACACUAAAACUCAAGCUAAAUUCAAGCUUUCAAUCAAAAUUCUGGAUCAAAAUGCUAUUAAAGAGAAUGGAAAAUCUUCAUUUAGAUGAGUUGGAUGGUGUUAAGAGUGUUAUACCUGAAAUAGAUGAAGAAGGUUUUCAACAACUUAUGCAUCUCCGGAUCCAAAAUAAUGGUGAGAUCAAGCAUAUCCUUAACUUGAGGACACCAGUUAUUGCGUUUCCUACCUUGGAGACGUUUGUUCUCGAAAAUAUGAUUAGUUUGGAAGAAAUAUGUCACGGCAAACUUUGCUUAACAUCCUUUAAAAACUUGAGAGUUUUAAAGGUAAUAAGCUGUGAGAAAUUAAGAUAUGUCUUCUCAUCAUCUAUUGCCAGGGGCAUUCCAUUACUUGAAGAAUUGGAAGUAAAAAGUUGCAACAACAUGUGUGCAAUAGUCGUGAAAGAAGAAGAACAAGGAAUAAAAGAUAGAGAUAGGAUCUGGUUUCGUCGACUGGAAACCUUGGUGCUAGAGGAUAUUCCAAAGCUUGAGAGCUUCUUGAGUACAGAACAUUCAUUCAUGAGGGAUGGUAGAGAAAUCAACCAUGAUCCUGACAGGCCACUUCUACAUGAUCAGGUUGCCUUCCCUAGCUUGAAAAGUCUUAUUAUUAAGGGUUUACCCAAGAUAAAGCACGUAUGGAGUCUGAAAAGUUUCUUUCCAACCUCAGUCAUUAGCCAUAUGGAACAAUUGAGAAUAAUCUGUAUUGAAGAUUGUGGGGUGGAGGAAAUUGUUGCAGACGAAGGAGGAAGAGAAGCAAUACCAAGGUUUGUGUUCCCUCAAGUAGCUAGAUUGGAUCUUCGCAAUUUACACAGACUUAAGUGGUUUUAUAAAGGAGUGGAUGUUUCAAAAUGGCCGAUGCUGAAAGAGAUGUGGAUAGAAGAAUGCGAGAAAGUUAGGAUAUUUGCUUCCAGAGUUGUGAACUUUCAAGAAACAGUUGAAGAGAGGCAGUCUGGGAUGUCCGUUAAACAGCCGCUUUUCUUGGUGGAUGAGCACUCAUUCCCGAGCCUGGAGAGUUUGUACAUUUGGAGUAUGGAUAUGUUGGAAAUUAUAUGGCAGGAUCAAGUCACCGCAAGUUCCUUUUCCAAUAUUCAAGAAUUGUGGAUUGAUAGUUGUCAAAAGCUAUUGCACGUCUUUCCAUCUAAUCUACUUACAACAACAUUCAUUCAAAGUCUAAGUAUUCUACGCAUAGAAGAAUGCAGUUCGUUAGAAACUAUAUUUGAAAAGCUGGAGGCUGGACAAAAUGGUAAAGAAUCACAAUCUUUAAUAGCCCUAAAGUCAAGGACGACGGAAGAAAGUGUCACGAGAGAAGACGGAGGAUCAGCCAGACAUUUUGUGUUACCUACACUUACUCAAGUUACACUUAUUCGAUUGCCAAAACUCAAGUGGAUUUUGGAAGGGGAGCAUACUACUUUGGAAUGGCCUUCAUUGAAAAUAUUGAGACUCUGGGAUAUUUGUGAACAAGUAGUGAACAUGAUUUUCGUGAUUAAGGAGUGUACGUUCCCCAACUUGGAGCUUUUGUCAUUAAUGGACUUCAAUCGAACCAUAAGGCCUUCAGAUUUUCCUCCAUCUUUUCUUACAGGAAUGCCAAAUCUGUUGGAAUUUAAAGUAUAUGAUAGUGGAUGGGAGGAAAUAUUCCCUUAUGAACUUCUUGAUCCUGAAGUACAAGUUGUGACAGUCCCACGAUUAAGAAGACUAGUGCUCGCUCGUCUACCCAUGCUUGCGCAUUUGUGGAAAGAAGACACCCAGCCAUGCCCACUUUUUUAUAAUUUGGAAUUUCUUAAGGUGAGGAAAUGCAACAAAUUGAGAAUUUUAGUGCCAUCCUCGGUAUUUCUUCAAAAUUUGACAGAUUUAGAUGUAUCAAAUUGUCAUGGAUUGAUCAAUUUAGUUACAUCUUCAACGGCCAGAACUCUGCUGCAACUCAAGAAAAUGACUAUAAGCAAAUGCAAAAGGAUUACAAAAAUUGUAGCAAUGGAGGAUGGUAAAGCAAAUGUGGUGAUUACUUUCAACAAGUUAACAUACUUAGAAGUUGAUGGCUUACCAAACCUCACAAACUUUUGCUCUGGAGCUUAUUUCUUUGGGUUCCCAUCUUUAGAGAAAUUAAUUGUGAGUUGUUGUCCCGAGAUGAAGACUUUCUGUCAGGGAAUCUUAAGCACACCAAAGCUGAAAGGAGUACAAGCAACAAAAGAUGAUUCACAUUGGGAGCAUGACCUUAAUACCACCACACUCAGGCUUUGGGAGUCAAAUCAUGAUGAUACUCAAUGAUUAUUAAGAGAAAUGGUUGAGAAUUCUAAAGAAGAUGAAGAUCAUCCUUAAUAUGCAUGCAGCAGCUAAAAUUUCGCUUCUCUAUGCAAAAUUUGUGAAUCUGAUGAUGAUGUUUCUUUCUUUAGAAGUCAGUUGGGCAAGGGGUCGGUAUUUUUUGUAAGACUAGGCAAAUUUAGAAGCUUGAAUGAUGGAGGAGGAAUUGAAAGAAGAGGGGGAGAGACUAGAAAUAGUAAUUUGGAUGCAAGAAGAUGUUACUCUUUGGGAUCAUAUCAAUAUGCGAUUAUUGAUUCGAAGCUGCAAGUUGCCCUAUGCCCCAAUAGAAUGGCUGAUAGUACGAGGAUUGUGAAAUGGAGAGGCAUACAACACAGAAAAUGCAAUGAACCAAGGAGUAAAUUCACAAGUUCAUCAGGAAACCAUAUGGGUGGUACAUCUGUUACCGUGGGUUUACCAUGGUCUGCUAGAUCUUAGGGUGCAUGAAGUGUUAUUCAAUGUGUAUUCCAUUCUUUUUAUGUUAUUUCAAUGAAUCCAUUUAUCACAACGUUGAAGGGCAAUUCCUUACCUCUGCUGACUGCUAUCUCAUUGAAAGCAAGCGGCUUUUACCUUAUCUCGUCAGUAAAAUUCCUUAUACUUUUGCAAUUUUA